AUGGUGGGCGCCGCGGAGGAGGUCCAUCUGAACCGGCUGGAGAGCCAAGUGGAAAACGGUGGAGGAGGGGCGUGGGAGUACCUCUGUCUUGCCAGAAAGCUCAAGGUCCGCCGUUCUGAUAAGGUGUUGAAGUUCGGUUUGCCGAUCUUGAAUGAUCCCAGGGCUCGAUCUAAGCUUGGUGGUGAAGGUAUGGGCCGCCUUCUCGUGUGAAUGUUGUUUCUUCUGCUAUCUUUUGUUUUGGUUCUUCUCCCUCAAUUUUUCCUGUAGUGGAUGAGACUCAAGGAGUUAAAUUUGGAUAAUUUUUGUUCGGAUGGGCCCUGGGUACAUAUAGCCGUCUGGGGGUAUAUACGGUUGGCAUCUACGUGACAUCUUUAAAACGUUGGAUCGUUCCUGCUCCUGAUUGAUUUGAAUUUUUUACUUUUCGUGUUUGAGGAUUGACUCCCGGGUGUCUAAGUUUCUUGGGGGAUUCAUGAACUUCAUAUUUACAUUUGAUGUUGCUUUUUCAAAAAUUGACGACAUUGCUAUGAUAUGACCCCGAUAAUUUCUUAUUGAUACUUCAUUUUAUCUUACAUCCAUUUUUUUUGUAGGAUCUCAAAAUAUGUAUUUGGUAGUUCAGUUUCAGAAAGCAAUUAAUUCGGAUUAGAACUGUAAUGAGAUUCUUGUCGUCCAUGCGAAAGUUUUACAAUGUCUCGCUACGGAAUGUAGAAAAUAGCAAACUAGGGUUGGGUUUUUAUUUAGGGUCGUCGGCGAGAAAGAGUCCGAAUUGAGAGCAGAGGAAGUGUGCAGGGGUGGGGGUGGUGUAAAUAUCUUUGAGAGCAGAGUCCUUUAAAACAAAGGAACGUUGGAGUUCAAGAAUUUAAAACCAAUUGAGGAAGGACGAUAAAGUUGAUAGAGUGAGGUUCAACAUUUAUCUAAUCUAGUCUGAGAAAUCAAGAGACUGGGGGAGGGAGGCUUUUGCAAUGUUUGUCCCUUCCCUCUUUCUGUCAACCUUCUUCAUUGCUUCUUUCACUGAAUCAAAUUUGUCUCCAUGGGAUGAGAGCUCAAGUGAUUGUUGGAUGUGAUGAAUCACAGAAUUUUGUGUUCAGCACAUGACCUUUCUUCAAUUAUAUAGCUGUUGAUUAGUUUUUUGGAAGAAUGUGAAGAAAAGAGAGAAAAAAUGAUGCAGAGGGGAACAAGUGCCACAAAUUCUAUUAUUAGACUCGGUUCUUCUCAUGUUGUUGUAUCUUAUUUUUGCCAAGGAUAAAUCUCAUCAGGAGUGACAUGCUGGUGCAGUGGACAUCAUCUUGGGUAUGGUAGGUUGAGACAACAUCGAGUCUUUGGGAGGGCAAUGCUGCAAUCAUUGAUGUGGCGAUUGAGAUGAAUAGCAUUUAAGAUGAAACUAGUAAUCUAAUAAAUGGCUUUUUUGAUAUUUGUUCAUGUUUGGUGGGGGAUUUUUUUGAGUUCCUGGCAUGUCAUGGCUGCCGUUUUUGAGUCUAAAUGCAAGGCUAACAUUUUAGAGGUUGUUGAUAUAUGCUAACUAUUAUGGGUUUUCCAUUGCCAUGUCUCAGUAUGGUGAACCUAAGUUUUUUACCCAUACUUAAUAACCUAUAUUGGAAAAAUGAUCUGGAUUUCGGGGUUAGGAUUAUGUCUUAAAGAAAAAUGACAAUUUUCCAUUAGCUGAUCUCAUCAACAUAUUCCUUUAGGUAUAUGUCUGUGAUAAUUUUAUAUCUGAAUUUCAAGUAAGCUGAUAACCAUUUUAAAUUUAGGGAUCUUUUUAAAAUUUCUUUGUGGUAAUGGGAAAAAAAUUGCUUCUUAGUCAGCCUUUCUAUUAUGCUCCCCCUGAAGUUUUCCACAGUUGUAAUUGCCUCAUUUAGCAUAGUUCAUUGGAAUAGCUUCACACUUGUAUGUUUUCUGCUGCAGAAUGGACACUUUACGAGCAGGUGGCUAUUGCUGCUAUGGACUGCCAGCAGAUUGACAUUGCAAAGGUUCUCUUUUUCAUCUGUUUUCAACUUCUGGUUAUUCUCUUCUGCCGUUAUAAACGGAACAUGGGGAAAAAUCUGAAUCUUUUUUUUGUAUGUUAGUUAAUUUGUGCUACAGCUGCUUUCGUUGGUCAAUAAGAACUUUAUUCGCUUUUCCAAAAUAAAGGUUUUCCUGUAAUUAGUGCUACAAUGAUUAAUACAAAGAACUCUGGUAGGUUAAUUGGCAUAGCCGCACUGGUGGACAAUGGUUCGGAAAAUUAGACUGGAAUCUACUCCAAUGUCUUAGCGUAUAGUUACUUCGAUACUCUCUGUUUAUUUAUGCUUAGAUGGUAUAUAUCUCAUGCCUGAAGAAAUCGUCUAAGGGAAGGGCUUUUGAUGAUUCCUAUUUAUAUCAGUGAACCUGAACCUGCAUUUGUGCUCUCUAGCCCAGUUUCAAUGGGAGAAAGUGAUGAAUGCCCUUAAAAGAAAGGAUCAGCCUAUAGUUAGUUGAACGUGAUGCUCAGAAGGCCUGCUUAUUUGGUGUUUCGGAUAAAGAAUCCAUAUUAAGUUGGAUCCAUGAAAGAUUUAGCCCAAUCUCGAAUGCCUUUUAAUUAAUAAAAGUCCCUAUCUAAGAUCUAAUCUUGCAUCACCGCGUAGGGUUAGGGAAUCCUUUGAAGUUGGUCGGUAAACAGAGAGGAACGGAGGAAGUUCAAGUUGCAUAUCCUCCAGUAUCUCUUUUUUUAUGUUUAGACAUGAUCAAUUUGCUACUCACGAGUAUCAAAAUAAUUGUAUCCCCUUUUCCAAUUUCUCGUCCCAGUCAUGUCACUAACUUCAGUAUUUAUCACUGUUUUGUGCACAAGCUGUUAUUCAUUGAUUUGCUCAAUGAUAUCAAUUGCGUAAUUUGAUUAAUUUCAUCUUCUCUCUGACAAAGACUGUUGAAGAUUCCAUGUCUUCGUAUGGCAUUUUUUCUCUAGUCUGUCCAUGGUUGAAGACUACGCAUUUGAACCUUUAUCAUAUUUUUUUUAAUUUUACUAUACUAAAUCUAUGAUUUUUCCUGGCAAGAACAUGGCCCAGGGAAUUGGGAAAUGAGGUCUCACAUAGAUAAAUUCAUGUCGCCAAAGAAUACGUACUCUUUUGUACAUGAAGUCGUGUUCAUAAAUCAGUCACGUUGGUGCAAACAAUUCACCGUUCAGACAAAGCAUAUUUGCAUGGGGUUCCAGCGUUGUGUGAACACACCUAGGUCUCACUUGAGUAUACAAAUUUGUGGACACGAACGAGUGACAUUUGUGCGAACUACUCACCUUCCAGUAAAUGUAAAUUCCUGUGGUGUGGUGUCCCAAUCGGUGAAUAUUAUAUAUGAGCCCAUGAAAAUUUAUUUUUGGUUUUUUUAUUUCUGUGGCAAUUUGAAAUAAUUCAAAUGAAGCAGUUUGAAAACUACUGACGCUUUUGAUGAUAAAGGUCAUAUGCUAGAAUAUUUGUUCGUGAAUAUCUUAUUUCCUGCUCCUUGUUGAUAGUCUUACUAAACUUUAUAUUAGAAUUUUAAUGGUGCCAUAUAUUUCCUGAAACAAAUUUCUUUAGGUCUCUUGAGUAUAUAUUAUAUUAUUAUAUUUUGGUUUGCAAGAGUGAAAUUUUAGUUGCCAAAAAUAAAAUGCUGAACACGUGAGGUGAUAUUCCAGGACUGUAUAACAACACUUUUAAAGAGAUUUCCAGGGAGCACGAGGGUUGGUAAGUAGUCUUCUGUGACGUGGAAUAUACUUAAACUUUGUGUACUUUAUUUUUUAAUUUGGUUUGUCUACUCUGGUCUGUUAGAAAUUUGAUUUUCCUCAUCCUAAAUCCUUGUGUACUUUUUUUCUUGAAUUUUUGGCAUAUUUUAUUAGUUAACUUUGAUGAUCUGAUCAACAGAGUCUGUUGUUGUGAUCUGGUGAUACUAAGGAAUGAUGGCCGUUCUUUUCAGAAGAGCUUACUCAUUCAUUCAUUGAUGUGAAUAUCAGAAGCCAUAGGACAGGAUGGUUGAAAAGUACCAUACCAUGCUAUUAGGACUCUCCAGAGAAUGCACUGUGGGAAUGAUAUCAGCAUGUCAGUAGCUUUUCUUGUUGGUGUUUUCAUAAAGAGUCAAAGAAUUUACCCUUACUGAAUGACAGAAAGGCCUAGAAUUUUGCCCAUGCUAUUAGGCCUAGCAUCCAAAUUUGUUCCCCUACCAACCCUCAGAGGCAAGUAGGCCUGACAAUUCUAUCAUGCCUUUGACCUGUAAUCCUUUUAGCAUUUUUAUUUGUUUGUUGAUCGUUGAUUGUGAUGUUACCGGCUAAGUUUUAUUCAUGUCUGACAUGAUUGGCAAAAUCAACCAAGCCCAAAUUUACUUCAUUGAUGACGGUCAUAGAACAUUUGAUCUAUAUCGUACCUUCAUCCCUGAAUGACUUAAUCUGACAAAUUUCUGCUCGCUGGAGACCAAUCAUCCUUUAAUGGCAAGUUCAAGCAAGAUGAGAUUUACUUCAUCGAUGAUCUACAUGGUAUCUUCAUCCCUAAAUAACCUACCUUGACCAGUUUUUCCUCCCUAGAGGACAAUCAUUCUCCCUAGAGCACACCAAUCUGCGCAAAUUCAGUUCCUCUCAAAUUCCCUUGGAUCUUGAAUACUGGUCUCCUCUCAUAUCCCUAUAGUCAGGUGUCUCUGACACUGAAGCAUGCACAUCAUUGGUUGUCUAGCAAAGUGACAGACAGUGCUCUUCAACGAGUGAGCCUCACAUUAUUGUUUCCAGAAGUGAGCAUCCAAUUGGUUCCCAGUUCCUUGAGAUAUUAUUUUAUGUCCUCCAUUGUAUGCCUCAUGCUCUUGUCCUAUCUUCAUUUUUCUCAGUCACCUCUAAAAGGUGCCAUUUCCUUGAGUCUUGCACAAAAGUCUCCGCCCAUUGGUCAGAAGAAACUCUCUUUUCCAUCCUACAAUCCUACCGCUGAAAUUUGGCACAAACUUCCCCCAGUCAUACCCUCAGUCACAUUGUUCCCGUCCCUUCCUCACUUUGUGUUCAUACCCUCAGUCACACGCAUCUCGUACAUGAUCUUCUGACCACUUUCUUUAAGCGACUCCAAAAUAGAGAUAGUUGUUCAGAAAGUAAUAGCAUAUCAAGAUAAUGAAGGUGGGCUACUGACAAAGCCUCAUGCAUGCGGAUGAAACCCUCAUAUCCCCUAUAAGCUUUAGACCUUUUGCCCUAUUUUCUUUCAUACCUCCGCAAUAUCUACACAAACCUUUGGAAUUUGCUCUAAAUUUUGGAAGUAAAGGGGUUUCAAUUGAUUUCCUCAAAGCAUUCGUCAAGUAUUCGCUUUUGAGCGUAUCUUAGCGAUGGGUCAUAAGAUGAUUACAUGGAGCAUGCUGGUGCUUUUGUUAGGGGUUUGAAUGAAGAACUUGAAUCUCUUAUAUUCGAUCAUGAGAGAAAAUUUUUGAGGACUUCAAAUUUUUGAGGACAUCAUAAACAUGUUCGUCUUUCUUUUAUCAUACAUUAUGGUAUUCCUCGGUCUCCCCAAAUAAUAUGCAAGAAUACUAAAAUCAUCAACUUGCAGGUUAUGCCGGUCAUAUUACUAUCUGGUGAGAAACAGUAAUAAGAAAUUAUCACUGUGAAGAUCAGUCGCUUGGAAAAUAACCAAACCGUGAAAUAUCUACAAUUCCAUUUGUUAACAUCAGUCAGAGAUUACCUUCAUAUCAUUGUGAUUUUAUUUUAUUUUGGUAUAUCUGCAGGGCGGUUAAAUGGAAUGCUAUCUGAGGCAAAAGGAGAGUUCGCUGAAGCCGAAAGAGUCUAUGAACAGAUUUUGGAGAAAAACCCACUCGAUCAAGUAUAUAUUUUUAUUGACCGGAAACUACCAAUUUUUUUAGUUGUCUACUUAGAAAGAGGCAAUACAUCAGAUUCCCACGAUUUCAGGCGAUUCAGAAGAGGAAAGUGGCGAUGGCGAAGGCUCGAGGGGACCUCUCAGCUGCAGUGGAACUCCUUAACAAAUACCUAGAGAUGUACCUACUGGGUCUUAUGAAAAACUAAUCUACCAUUCGCAUAAUGUUCCAAGCGCCAUCGUCCUAUGGUUCCUGCCAAGUGACGAACUGGUCGAAUUUUUAUUUCAGAUUCAUGGCAGACUAUGACGCCUGGAGAGAACUCGCAGAGAUUUACGUUUCACAGCAGAUGUAAGACAAUUCUCGCCCUGCCAUCGCCCAUCAUUCCACUGCUCAUCAGACUUGUCCUCUGGUUUUCACCUUUCUUUGUCGGUUGCGUAGGUACAAGCAAGCAGCCUUCUGCUACGAGGAACUGAUCCUGUUCCAGCCUACGGUGCCUCUCUAUCAUCUAGCUUAUGCUGAGGUGAGUAACUCUCUCCCCUUCCCUUCUGAUUAAAUCAUUCCAAGUGUUCAAACGUUCCCCGGCCUUCCUGCUUCGUGGAGACGCGGCGGCUAAACAUAAAACAACUUUGAGCCCACAGUUUUACUCUAAGAGCCUAUCGCUCGCGCUUCGUUCGAUUAGGUGCUCUACACAAUGGGCGGCCUGGAGAAUCUCCAGACGGCCAAGAAGUACUACGCAUCCACCAUCGAUUUAACUGGAGGCCAGAACACCAGGGCUCUCUAUGGUGUCUGCAUGGUAAAGAGAGCUAACUUCUCUUCUCCACUCUGGUGAUGAUCAGAGGAACCGGCUAUAGGCUCAUGUGGGAAUGUUUUUAACGGCUCCCCUUCCUACCGUUGCAGUGUGCUUUUGCCAUCAGCCAACUGGCGAAGGGCCGCAGCAAGGAGCAGGAAAGCGCCGACCUUCAAUCCCUGGCCGCCGAAGCCCUUCUGAAGGAAUACAAGCAGAGGGCUCCUGAUAAAGUAGCCAUUCUCACAGCCACACUGAGGGGCAUGAAGCUCAUCUCCUAA